AACGAAACUUCGUUUGGACGUGUCAUGACAUUUAAGCUCCAGGUGGAAAAAGCAAAGUUAUGCAGUUGGGGAGCGCGGUGGCAACGAUUAGCCUUCUGCAAGAUAAGUGUCAGCAAUGUGCUGCUCCCAGUUUUAAAGUUAUAAAGCACGAGUCAUUAUUCUUCAUACUACAGCGUCGUUUCAGAUUUACUACUUGCCCUGACCGACGUUAUUACUAGGAUGGCCGCGUGCUUAAUGAAUAAGUGGAGCGUUUUGUUCGGAACCAGUGUGUCCAAGCUGUAGACAUAGUGGUACUGAUCGGUAGCUCCUCUUCUACAGUUGCUAUGACGUCUAAGCCAUUCAUUCAGUCAUUUCCUCAUCAUCGUGGGCGUUCGAAAGAUCGCUUACACAAGUAGAUGGAACUCAGAAUUACUUUUUAUUUCUGAUUUUUCAAAUUUUCUUUAUUAUAUGUAGCAGUGUUUAAAAGAUUUUGUAACCCGCAUCAAUUUUAUCCCAGCGGAUGGUAACUGAGAAAACGUGAGUAUUCCUUCCGGAAAGGGGGAAAGGUUUCUCGCUGCGUUUCAGGGUACAUCACAAUUGCGGAGUAACUGCAUCGCCACCGCCUUGAACAGUGGCCGGAUUGCUCAAUGCCAUGUUCUUCACCAACCAUCAGUCCAUCCCGUAGAAGUGGAGAUCUGGGGGGGAACUGCGCAGUUAGUUUGCAACUGCGAUGCGAAAUCAUAGCACGCUACUGGACAGUGGAGUUCCACGCGCGCUAGCCACUCGUACAGAUGUCGUUUCACGGAACGUGGUCGGGAGACGUUAGUUGACCGCGCGACCGGACACUCGUUGCUAAUGCCUUACAUUAGUGGAGUGAUCGGCGUUUGCGGAUGAGCUUUUCGGGGAUCAGCCUGAUUUGGGCAGACAGUAAGUGCUGCAGUGGAGGAUAGAGAGAGAACUCAGAACAGAAACGCAAACGACAGGAUUCUGCUUUUAGAGGCAUCCGCGAUAUGGAAGUGUCUGAACGCUGAACUGAGACGAAAUGGUGACAGAAGCCUCCAUCUCAGCAAGUGGGCGAACUCAGAUGACCAACCCAAGGCAAAGAGACUACUAUUGGCUCCGGUCCUUCAUCGCUGGGGGUGUUGCAGGAUGUUGUGCCAAAACCAGCAUUGCGCCACUUGACCGCGUGAAGAUUUUACUUCAAGCACAGAAUCCCCACUAUAAACAUCUGGGUGUGCUGGCUGCCUUACGCACCGUGCCAAGGAAGGAGGGAUUCUUCAGCUUGUACAAAGGAAACGGCGCCAUGAUGGUGAGAAUAUUUCCCUACGGCGCCAUCCAGUUCAUGGCCUUCGACAACUACAAAAAACUGCUAAGCAAACGACUGGGAAUAUCAGGGCACAUCCAUCGUCUUAUGGCUGGAUCUAUGGCGGGAAUAACAGCUGUGAUUUGCACGUACCCCCUGGAUGUCGUCCGUGUCCGUCUGGCCUUCCAGGUGAAGGGGGAGCACCGAUACACGGGCAUUUUCAAUGCCUUCCAGACCAUCUACAAGAAAGAAGGGGGCGUGUCUGGCUUCUACAGAGGGCUGUUACCCACUAUUAUCGGCAUGGCGCCAUAUGCAGGCUUCUCCUUCUUCACCUACGGCACACUGAAGAGCCUAGGCCUGGCUCAUGCCCCAGAGCUGCUGGGCCGGCCGUCCUCUGACAACCCAGAGGUGCUGGUGCUGAAGACCCACGUCAGCCUACUUUGCGGUGGCAUGGCUGGAGCUAUUGCACAAACCAUAUCGUACCCUUUGGACGUGGCUCGUCGACGGAUGCAGCUGGGGACAGUCCUGCCCGACUCUGAGCAUUGUCUUACCCUGACCAGGACCCUGAAGUAUGUCUACAGCAAGUAUGGGGUUAAGAAGGGACUUUACCGCGGCCUGUCCUUGAACUACAUCCGCUGUGUGCCCUCUCAAGCUGUGGCCUUCACCACAUAUGAGUUUAUGAAGCAAGUCCUCCACCUCAACUAA